AAGUUGCAGGUAUGUAACGUAUUAUUCGUUUUAAAGGAACAAUCAUUUGAUAAGCACCGGUUGCGUUUUGUAAAGCAGAGACAGCAGGUAUUUGACGAGUCUGCUACCCUACAGCUAACAGAGCUGUCCUUCAUCCUAACUACAUUUAAAAUACAUUCAGCGCGGUAGAAGGUUCUGUUUUAGGCUGUAAAUAAACACUAAACGCGGAUUGCAAAGACACUGACUGGACUACACCUGAUUCGUGUCCAGCCUUGCUAAAUUGGUCGUCAUUCAAUUAUCGCACCCACUCCCUUGUUUUUUGCCAGGAGAACUUUUAAAACACUUCAGUCCGCAAAAAGCGAGACUGUGCAAACGCAGAGAACGAUGAGCGAGACGUGCGUCUCGUUUCUCACCGUUAUCGAAGACAAAAAGGCUCAUUUCGAGUUCGUGUUAGAUUAGCUCUGCGUUCCUACACCUUCUAAGCGUUUUGCAUCGACCACAAUGUCCUCCUCACCGUCGCGGUCGCUAUCGCUAUCGGAGUUGCUCAGAAGUGGACUACAGAUCUCUCCGCAGCCCCUCCUGUCCGCGGAGGACCCUUUCAACGACAACCUCGAAGCUUCCGUUUCUCCCUUUGCUCGAAGAAGCUCCAGCGACCUGCUAGACGCGGCCGAGGAUGACUGGUGCGAAGGCGGCGCCUGGAGUCCCCCGGGGCCGGAGCUGCGCAGGAAGAUCGCCGCCCAGGUGGAGAGCUACCUGUCGGAUGGGAAUCUGGCGGAGGACGCCUUCCUCCUGAAACACGUCCAAAGAAACAGAAUGGGUUACGUCAGCCUCAAGCUGCUCACCUCCUUUAAGAAGGCAAGACAUACAGUUUUGUGGAUGUGGUGAGCCGGUUAUUCCUGCUUACCUGUUGAGGAAAGCUGGGUUCUUCAGCACCCUGAAGCAGAGGUUCUCAGUCCUGCGCGCUGGAGGACUUUUUUGCCGUUUUUAUUUGCCAGCUGGGUCCUAAUUCACCUGUGCUUAUUGGUGUGUGUGUGUAGCUGUUGUGCUUGUUGGUUUAAACUUUUCUGCCUUGCUGAUA